AUGACAUUGAAAGUGGUGGAGCAUGGGAAAAGGAAAGAUCUUGUAAUAAAUGAAGGUGAAAUCUUCCUACUACCUUCUAGAGUCGAACAUUCACCACAAAGAUUUGAAGGAACGAUUGGAUUUGUGGUUGAGAGAACGAGAAGAAACACUGAAUUUGAAGCUAUCAGAUAUUUUGUUGACGAAACGACAGAAAGACUUUUCGAACGAUGGAUUCAUUUAACGGAUGUUGUUAAAGAUUUACCGCCAGUGAUUAAAGAAUUUAAGGAGUCCGACGAGUGUCAGACAGGUCAACCCGGAGCGAAUUCUUUCAGAAUCAAUGCACCAUUUGAGCCACGAUCCACUGAUUUAGGAUCACCGAUUAAACUUGAACAAUUCUUGAAAGAAAAUGAGGAGAAGUUGAGAAAAGAACCCGUUCAACUUUAUGGAAAGCCAAAAUUCAAAACGGAAGUGAUCAUUUUUGGUGCAAAUGGGGUACACGAAUGGAUGACAAAGGAAAAAGAUGAAGUGUUGCUGUGGCUAAAGGAUGGGUUUAUGCGAUUAAAAUGGAAAGAUGAAUGGAAAGAAAUCGAUGGAAAUGCGAUGAUUCGCGUGGAUCCUGGGGAAACGAUUUCCUUUCAAAUCGUCACCGGCCAUCUCAUUCUAAUCUCAAUGCCAACAUAUUCA